AUGUCAAGUUCUGCAGCUCAAGCAUGCCAUCAUAAAGCUCGACCGUCGUUGACUCGGUUCAGGUGGCGCAACUCCGAUCACUUCAGCCAUCUACAUUACAUUGCCCAUGGGCUUUCUCGUCAGAAACCCAGAUUCUUCUCGGAGCUUCUCACCAAUGAUGUCAGAUACGUCUACCGCUACACAAUCAACCCGCUUGUCCCCAACACAGGCACGAGCGUUCGCGGGGCUUACGGCCAAGAGGUCACCGACGAGGACACCGAAGAGGUGGCACGAAGGAAGGUUGAGAACGAGGUUCGACGCCACAGUGACCGGUUCGAGUGGCGCGAAGACGGUAGCAUAAGCGUGACGCACAUAAUCCCAUUUAAGAAGAAUUCCGCAGGCCCCCCAGCCAUUCGGAUCCACGAUCCCACAGGAGCAACGGUACUUUUCGGGGACGUCACUUCGGCUUGGGGGCGCAGCAGGCACCAUGGUGCGACGCGGCCUCCCUUCCGUGGUGACGAUGGAUCGUACCACCCUCCGCCUACCUACGGUGACGGCACGCCGAUUGACGUGGAGGACUUGGACCUGCUACUGAAGCUAGCAGAGGACGGCGCCGUUGACGUCGAAUGGGAGAAGGGAGGCCUCGUGCUUCUCGACAAUUACGCGGUUAUGCACUCCCGUAAGCCAUGGAAGGGCACGCGACAGGUUCUCGCUGCCCUUUGGGAUGGCGAUGGCAGGAUGAGGGACUUUCCAGAAGGUCUCGAGUUGCUGGAGACCAGUCCAAGGCUGCCUCGUACAAACUACGUGGAGACUGGCGUGUGGUGA